AUGGCGGGAGUACGGCAGCCCCAAGGUGCCCCUCACAAGGACACCACCGUCACAGUGGCGCUGCGCCGUCGUCUGCUGCAGUGUUCUGAAGACACCGCCGCGGUGGUGCGGGUGGUUUGGCGCCGCCGCGACCUGGUGAUGCCGUCACCGUCCCCGUGGCGCUUGUCGCAGACUACAGCGGCGGGGGAGCCGAGGUCGCAGAGCCGGAGGCCGCGGAAGGAUCAGCUGCUGUGCGCAAUGUGUCGCCUAAGCAAGCGGGAGUGGCAGUACUGUGGCUUAACGGGUGAGCAGCACGUCGUGGAGGAGUAG